AUGUCUCGUCAGGUAUUGUCCUUGGCUGCAGUCGCCACGCUUCUCCCGUCGGCCUGGGGUGCCGUGGUGGAUCUCCCGGUUCAUUUUGACAACAGCUAUGCUCAGGUGGAGGCCUCGAUCGGCACGCCGCCCAAGACCUACUUGCUCCAUUUCGAUACGGGAUCGGCAACCACGUGGGUGGUCGGCAAGGGCUGUCUGAACUGUCCCAAUGGCAGUAGGUAUGAGCGCGUCGGCUAUGGUACCGAGGACUCCUCGACCGGGUCAUAUAUCGGUAUCUAUGGAACGAUCGACUACUCGGGAGGUGUCACGUCGGGACCCGGAAUCACCGACAUGUUUGGCCUGCCGACCAACGCCCAAGGCGAGAACGGUCUCCAUUGGAACCAAUCCUUCAUGGCGGCGGAUCAGAGCUCUUGGAGAUUCAUUCCGGCCGAUGGGUUCCUGGGGCUGGCAUUCAGCACCAUCGCCGACGCGGGUGCCACUACCCUGAUGGAAACCCUGAUGCAGAACGAUCUGCUGGACGAGCCUCGAUUUGCCGUCUACUAUGGCACGAACUUCGACACCACCGGCUCCGACCCUGCCGGCGUGCUUACCCUCGGCGGCUCGCACGAGGACCGGUACGUCGACGGCGAGCUCACGUACGUCCCGCUGCAACAGGAGGCCGAAUUCCAGGUCUGGCGCACGAAAUUGUCGUCUAUCACCGGCACGGGCAAGACCGCCGGCCAGAGCAGCCGGUCGACCACCAGCUCGCUGGGUGACUAUGGCCGCGCGGUGUUCGACACCGGGUCCGGGUACUUUCAGGUCCCCACCAACAUCAUUGACGACCUGUACGAAUCGAUCGGCAUGAACUGGACCGCCAUUCUGAACGGACACAUUCCUCUGUGCACGGAGUUCAACUCCUCCUGGUCGGUGACGCUGAACUUUGGCGAGUCCGAGACGGAUCCCAAGGUGACGAUGACCGGCGAGCAGCUGGCUCGACCCGGGUUUGCCCAUCGGGACGACGCCUGCUAUCCUCCCUUCGAUGACAGCGAGGUUGUCGACCUGGCCCUCAUCGGAACGCCCCUCCUUCAUCAGUUCUACACCGUCUUCGACUUCGGUGCCAAUGAGGUGGCGAACUACAGCCCCCGGAUCGGAUUUGGAAACCUGAAGGAGGAGUUGAGACCCCACUUCGCUCCCAGCCCCUAG